AUGGAGCCUGUGACUGAGGAGGCCGCUCCGGCACCUCGGCCGCAGCCGCAGCUCUCCUCCCCGCCCCCCACCGUGCAUCCCAACCCCGCAGUGCAACUAGAAGGCCAGCCCACCACUGUCGGCAACGAGAAUAGACCUGAUCACGGUGACGGUGACGGCAAUGGCAAUGGCAAUGCCACGGUGCUGUCGCCACUGCCAGAGAGCACGGCUUCGAGUGUCAAGUCCCGCCCUGUGUCGGGCGUCGUCCCGCCAUACUGGCAACGACAUGAGCGGGCUGCGUCCCGCGCUUCGCAGAGCUCGCUGGCGCAGUCGAGGAUUAUAAGACUGGAGGAUCAUACGGCGGAUCCGGACUCGGAGACGAGUCGAGGGUUGUGGGCAAGGAGUGUUGCUAUUGAUGAUCAUGUUGUUGUGCAGGGGAUGACCGGGGUGGGAUCGUAUGUGGUGUGGAAUUGUACGAUCCAGACUCUUGAUGGAGGUCCGAUUACGGUGCGAAUGAGAUACUCUGAAUUCGAUGACCUGCGACAGAGACUGGAGUCUUCUUUCCCUCAUGCGAGAAGUGCCUUGCCGGCACUUCCCCCGAAGAGUGUACUCUUUAAAUUUCGUCCUAAGUUCCUGGAGUCUCGGCGCGUUGGUCUGGAAUAUUUUCUCAACUGUAUCCUUUUAAAUCCCGAAUUCUCCAGCUCGCCCAUCGUGAAGGACUUUCUUUUUGGCCGAAUGUCCUGA